UUCAAUAACUCUUCAGUUAUCUUCGUGCAGUUCAAUCGAAAAGUCAGCAAUGCCCAUUCAAAACGGAGACGGCACAAAAUUCGUCAAUUCACUCGCCCUCAAAGGCUUACUCGAGUUGCAUUUGGCGCAAGAUGUUCAAGUAAAAUCCUACACGGUCGAACCUGCGAGUCAUAUUCGAGGUCACGUGACACGAUCUGAGCUGAAUCGAGUUUACAUCAAUUUUUCCUCUUCUACGGCGAAACAGGAUGUUUUCAAAGUAAUCGCCAAGGUCAAACCCUUGAAGGGAACACUGAUCGAGGAAUUUGAAACGAGCGAUGCUUUUGAAAAGGAAACUUUGAUGUACAAAGUAGUCCUGCCUUCAUUGAAAGAAUUACUUGCAAAAUUCGCUGUGAGAUUAGACUUUGGCCCAGCGCUGAUUCAUUCAAUCACGUCACCGACGGAAGUUUUGUUCCUCGAGGAUUUAACGGAGACCGGAUAUUGCACGGAAUCAACUUCGUUAGGAUUGAAUUUUGAUCAAGCGAAAUUUGCGCUUGAGAAGUUGGCUUUUAUGCAUGCCGCGAGCGCCGUCAUCUUGCAAAAGUCACCUGAAGCAUUGGCCAAAUUCGAUAAGGGAACAUUCCAUCAAGAUUACCAAAGUAAACUUCAUUAUUUCACCGAAGCGUUCGAUUAUGUCGUUGAACAUGGGCGAGAUUUGGGCAUUGAUGCUUCAUUAUUGGCGAAAUUGAGAAGUUUACCCGCAAAUCUGACGAAAAAAGCUAUUGAGGUUUACAAUGACAAAAAUUGCUUCCAAGUUUUGAAUCAUGGUGACUUUUAUACGUCUAACAUUCUCUUCAAGUAUGGCAAAAAUGGGCAAUUAAUCGAUUGUGCUUUUGUCGAUUAUCAAAACUGCUUCGUGGGCUCCCCCGUAAUAGAUUUAAUCUAUUUCCUCACAACUUCCGUAAACGCCGAUGUCCUUGAAACGCAUCGUAAUGACCUUGUGUACGCUUAUCAUGAUUCGCUUGAUGUUGUUUUAACAACCCUUGGCUUCAAAGGUCAUAAACCUUCGUUACUUGAGUUACAAUUGGAGCUGUUGAAAAAGGGAGCUCUCGAAGUUAUCUUUACUCUCACUGCUGCUCCUUAUUUGAGAUCGACAGACAAGAAAAUCGUUCCAGCGAUCAUUCCUUCCUUGCAUAACGAUGGAGUCAACAAGGAGUUCAAGAGCAUUGGCGUGACACUUUUGAAGGAAAAUUCUGCCUUUUUGAAGGCUCAACUCGAGCGCUUUAGUCGUUUGGGUCUCAUGGAAUGGGGCGCCGUUGAGAAUAAAGUACGCGGAAUUUUGGGACGUUUUCAGAAAAUGGCAGCUUAACUGUAUCUAAAAGUUUUAUAUGACUUCGCUUUAUAGAUAAGCAGUUUGUUCGCUGUAAGGAAAAAAAAGUAUUUAAAAAAAAAUAAAUAUUUACUCACAUUUCACAAUUUCCAAGUCGUCAAGUGCUAUUUUAGUCAGUAGCUUAUAUUUGUGCGUGUCUAAAGUAAUGGCAACGCUAACCGGACAACUUCUGUAAUAAAAUAAAAUAAAAAAAGAAGAAGAGGAAAAUUGUAAUAAAAUGUCAAGUACGGGAAAUCUAUUUUAAAAUGAUCAAACAACAACAACAACAAACAGGGAGCGAAACAGAGGAAAUUACAUAAUAAAAAUCAAUAGCAUCCAUCUCCUACAUUGCUCCAAUUUAAUUUAGUUCGCUAGGCAAUUUUGUCGGAUAUUUAUAGGAAAACGAGAGAGAGUGAGGGAUGCGACGACAGACUUUGUUACUGUUUUAAUUGGUAUUUUAUACAGAUAAAAGGCGGAUAUUUUAGUGCAAAAAAAAAAAUGUUGAAAGGCAGAUAU